CCCACUCGUUCUCUACAGCCAUGUCUCUCAAAGUCCCAAAAGCAAACAAUAUCCAGCUCUUCAAAGAUGGAUACAAGCAAAUGUCAGGUCUUGAGGACGCCGUCCUUCGUAAUAUCCAAGCCGUCUCUGAGCUUUCCGAUCUCGUACGGACAAGUUUCGGCCCAAAUGGACGGAAUAAGCUCGUGAUCAACCAUCUCGGACGACUUUUUGUGACUUCAGAUGCUGCAACUAUCAUUCGGGAAAUUGAAGUCGUCCAUCCGGCUGCAAAACUGCUCGUCAUGGCAUCACAGGCACAGGAGGAAGAGAUGGGUGAUGCGACAAACAUGGUGCUAAUCCUUGCCGGAGAGCUGCUGAAAAAGGCGGAGAACCUCCUGAUCAUGGGCCUUCACCCAAGUGAAGUGAUGAAGGGAUACCAGUUGGCCUCUGAUAAGGCACUCUCGGAGCUUAACAACCUAUCAUGUAGCGAGCUUCCGAGCCCUAUGACCCAUGCAUCCCUUACCCAAGCCAUCAAGCCCGCCAUCGCAGCAAAACAAUACGGAUUCGAGGAUUCCCUCGCGUCGCUCGUGGCCGAAGCGUCUCUUCUUGUCAUGCCGUCAAACCCACAAAUGUUCAAUGUGGACAACGUUCGGGUCGUGAAGAUCAUGGGCGGCAGUUUGGCCGCGAGCAGGGUUGUGCAAGGUAUGGUGUUUGGCAGAGAACCAGAAGGCGAUGUGAAGCAGAUCACGAAAGGCAAGGUCGCUGUAUUCACCAACCCCAUCGAUAUCGCACAAACAGAGACAAAGGGUACCGUUCUCAUCAAAAACGCCGAAGACAUGCUUAACUUCACUCGCGGAGAGGAGAAGCAUAUGGAGAAGAUCUUUGCCGAGAUCGCAGCAUCCGGCGUCAAGGUCAUCAUCGCAGGCACUAACAUCGGCGAACUCGCCCUCCACUAUCUCAACCGACACCACAUCCUCGUCCUCAAAGUCCUCUCCAAAUUUGAACUUCGUCGUCUUUGCCGUGUCGUAUCCGCCACUCCCCUCGCGCGCCUCGGUGCACCCACGCCCGAAGAGGCUGGUUUCGUCGAUGUCUGCGAGACUCUCGAAGUCGGCGGUGAUCGCGUCACUGUGCUCCGCCAAGACGACAGCACGCCUUUGUCUGGUGGCGAGGUCAAGACGAAGACUGCGACUAUCGUGCUUCGUGGCGCCACACAGAACCACCUAGACGAUUUGGAGCGUGCGGUCGAUGAUGGUGUUGGUGUGAUCAAGGCUUUGUUGAAGGACGGAAGGUUGGUACCCGGGGCUGGCGCUACGGAGCUCGAGCUGGCAAAGCGUGUGGACACUUAUGGGGCUGGGUUGAAGGGGCUUGCGCAGCAUGCUGUGAGGAGGUUCGCGUCUGCUCUGGAGGUCAUCCCGAGGACGUUGGCAGAAAAUGCACGGGGAGGUGCGGAGGGUAACGAGGUUGUCGCGCGGUUAUGGGCCAAGCACGAGAAAGAGGGCGGAGAAGUGUACGGUGUCGAUGUUGAGCAUGAGACGGACGGGACGCUCUCGGCAGUGGAGUACAAGCACCUGGACUCGCUCGCCGCAAAGUACUGGGCGAUCAAGCUGGCCACUGAGGCUGCGAUCUCGGUACUCAGCGUUGAUAGCAUCAUCAUGAGCAGACCAGCGGGCGGACCAAAAAUUCCUCAGCAGGCGGGUAGCUGGGAUCAUGACGACUAGAGCCCUUUGAGGGUGCUCGGAUGAAGUGAAGAUUAGAAUUCUGGCAUUGUAUUCUAGUAGUAAUGCAGCCGUGCUGGUGAAGCUUGAAGUUUAGAUUCCGCAACUCGUUGCUUAUUACUGUAAGUUAGGUCUCAAGUCGACUACCUACCUAGACCUUGAGCAGGUGCUACUGUGGCUCAUG